GCCCAUACAGUUUUUGACCACACACAAGGAGCACACACACAAGGAGCACACACACACAAACACAGGAUUAAAAACAAAGCAAAAGGUAUUGUGUAAACCAUAAAUAUCGUGUGGUGAAUGAAACAAAGAAACCAGUAAAAAAGGGAAAUAAAUGGACUAUUUCGAACUGGAAACGUUGGUUCUGACUUUUAUUCGGCAGCAAACAAGGUGUGCGUCAAUUACACCCACCAAGCGGAUCCUCAGAGGCUUAAAGCGUUGGCUUAGCCUCUACAUAUAGUCAAAAACUAGCCUUUUUUGGAGUAAUAUAGUCAAAAACUAUAUGGAGUGACACAAGAAGACAUUUUUUCGUUGCGUUUAUCGGACGCUGAGAGCGGCUGCUCACCUUCUACCGGACGCCGAGAGGAGGAAAACAACACGCCGGCUGCUCAGCUGUUAGCAGCCACCUGACGCCGAGAGGAGGACGGCUACAACUCGUUUGCUCAUCUGCUGCACAGGAAAGCGUCAGGAGCAACGAGCUGAAUGGUGCCGGGAAGCUUUUCGCCGCUUGGCACGGAACUACGUUCAUCUAAGGAGGUGGAAAGGUCCUUUCCAGGUGUUAAUAGUGACCAGAACAGCCCUGAGAGUACAAGGUAGAGCGGAGUGGAUUCACGCUUCCAGAUGUCGUCUCUCUCCUCUACCGGAUGCUGGCGUGUGAAGGCAGUCAUCAUCAUCGUCGUUCUGGGUUUACUAUACCUGGCCAAGGACGCCUUGCUAGAUGAAGCUGUGAAAAUCCCAACGACAGGUGGCGGGGGCUCUCGCCCCUCUGAGGGAGAAAAUAAGGUGCCCUUAUCUAAGAGCGCAGACGACUUGACCACUCAGGGCCCAGACCCUGAGGGCAAAACAACACCAACGGGCAAAUCAGUGCCUAGCGACAAGGACAGGUUGUAUCCAAUCACCACACAGACAUUCAGUAUGGUGCAAGAGACACAAAGAGAGAGAAAAGGAGGGAGAAUAAGGAGGAUUGUCUCCCUCCCUGAUCAUAAGUCAGAGACUAUUUCUUUUAACUACCCAAUUUCAAUAUGUGACUCAUCUAACUGUAUUAUUGUGUUUCCUGUGUCCUUAGUUUACCCAACGUGGGAGAUGUAUCCAAAGAACCAGUACCAUUGGUUCGGGGUCUCAUCAGAGGUGGUAAGAAUGGCUCUCAACACCAUUGAAGAAAUGCCCCCAGAACUGUGGUGUAGCACUGUAGAACAGUUCAAGACACUGAUAAGGGAUAAGGUAAAAUGUACAAUGAGGAAACCAGAUUACCAGGUUCCCAAUCCAGGUGCUACUGCAUGCACAUUUAUUGGACCAGAUAGCAAAACAAAUGUUCCAUCUACUCCACUUAAACAAUCAGGAGGUGAUGUUACUCCACUUAAACAAUCAGGAGGUGAUGUUACUCCACUUAAACAAUCAGAAGGUGAGGUAGAUUCUUCAAAAAAGGCCUUAAUUACUCCUUUUAAACGAACUAAAACUAAUUCUGCAGUAAGUUUAAUGUUAGACUACGCGCAUGAACGUAAUGUUAGCAACUGUUGGUUGUGCCAAAAUAGGCCAGAAUCAAUGCAUUCUCCUAUGUUUAGCCCAAUUCCUUUCACAAAAGCUGAUUACGGUUUAGUAAGCUGGAAUGACAUAGCAUCCAGAAUUAGCGACGAGGCGGAGGAUUGUUAUACUCCUUCCUACCCCAUAGACUCUGAGCAACCUUUACAGUACAAGGGCUUAGUCUCUCUCAUUGUUGAUACAGUAAAUAAAAAUUACCUGCCUGACGGUUUCAAACGGUUGAUGUUUUUAAAACUAAUAUAUAUGAAGAAAUACGUUAACCUAGCUUUUGAAUAUAGAUUCCAGUUAGCUCUAGCUCAGACUAAUUGUUCGGCUAACGUCACAAGUCCAUGCAUAAUGCAACCACACACACCCGCUUUGUUAGUUGAAGCUUUGGUAACAGUUGUGCCCUGGUUUGGCUCUAGAACAGUGGACUCCGUUGAGGUUAAAAUACAUGACUGUACGCAGCCAAUACCCUUAGGCAAGCCCCCUACACGUGACUGCUCAGUAUAUGUCCCCCCAAUUGUGGUGCAUGAAUGGAAGAAUGUGUCCAUCUGCUUCCAGAAUGAAGUAGGAUCUCACACCUCUCCUGAUGUGGGACACAGCGACUGUAAUACCAUAGUGAGAGUAAAUUUAGCCAGAAUUCCCCUCCCACAGAGAGUUUACUUAGUUUGUGGGGAUCGCGCGUACGGCUGUGUGCCAUAUGACGUUUUUUAUGGCACCUGUUAUCUAGCCUACCUAAUCCCUUUAAUCCGUAAAGUAGAGGCUAAGGAGAUCGCAGCGAUUCUUCCCUCUCUACACAGGAACAGCAGGUCAAUUACACAAGGACAACAGAUAGCUAGCCUAUUUUUGCCUUGGUACGGUAUUUAUGUUACUCAGCAGGAAAUUGUGGCACUGUCCAAAGUUGUAGAACACCAUCUAAAUGUAUCUAACACAGCGAUGUUAGCUGAACACAAAGAAUUGCAGUAAGUUAGUACAGUAGCACUACAGAAUCGCAUGGCGCUUGAUCUCCUCUUAGCUGCCCAGGGGGGCACAUGCAAGGUGAUAGGAUCGGAGUGCUGUUCUUUCAUCUCUGAUGCCACACCUGAAGUUAUGGAUAUGGCUCAUGAUACUGCCAGGGGGAUAAAAGAAUUGCAUGAAACUCAUGGGUUUACAUUUGGAGAGUUAAGUGGAACCUUUGGAUCCUGGGGAGCGGGGUUGGUUACAUUUGUUGUUACUGUUUCAGUGUUUAUCUUGGUUGUGCUAAUCCUAGUGAUCUGUUUGAUCACUGUAGUUAAAUUAGCCAUACGAAGGGUUGCCAAGACUGCACUCCAGGCCCCACAAAGGCUAGUGGGGCAUUCGACUGUAAAUGACACAAUAUUAAUGUACAACGCUGAGCUUCCAGAUCCCUGGGUCUCCAUCGCGGUUUCUGACCCAUGGGUACCCCCGUUCAGCGAUUGAGAAGUUGAUUACAGUUGAUAUUCUGAAUAAAGAACAGAUGUUUUGAUAAUUGAUUACAGUUGAUACUCUGGAUUAAAGAACAAAUGUCUGAUUUUUCAUUUUCAGGUUGUUAUACAAAUAAAAUGUCUGAUUCUUCCUUUUCAGAUUUUUAACAAAUGUAUUUGAAUGAAAUAUAUGUAU